CGUCCCUGAUUUCAUGGUAAUUCCUACCAAAUAGAGUGAGUGAAUGAUCAAACAUGGACAGAAAGGAUACUGAGGCUCUAGAGGAAGUGGACACACUUUUAAGUAAGUAGCCAUAAGAAGCAUUCUGCCCCUUUCCUAGCUGGCUCUGGUGAGAGGAAGAGCAUCUCUUGGAUUUCAACUCAAGAGGAGGCAGAGUUCUGGCUACCAGAUUCCGACUAGCCAUUCUGAAUACUCCAAGAAGCCAGGCCUUGUGACUUCCUUGGGAAGCUUUGCCUCCUUCCCCCCACUACAAUGGUCUGCUAGUGUCCUGGGGCCACCUGGGCUUGUGAUCCUCAGCCUGCCUUGCGGAUAGAGGGGAUCUGGUGGGAACAGCUGUCUUUCCUGCAGGAGAAGGGCAGCAGUGACUGUGAGAAAAAGGUGCCCAAGUUCAGAGCAGCAGAGACCAACAAAGGCUGUGUAAUGAAGAUGUCAUCAGUAAAGGGCGGGGCAGAAGGCAAGGUUACUAAGGAACAGGUGCCAAGGGACUCUCAUAUGCUUCACACCUUUGAAUAAGGUGGAUUGCUUUUCCCUUGGUAGUUUGAUCUACUGCUUACAAAAAACCCUGACCCCUCCCCGCCCGCUACCAAAAUGAGCCUUUGGCUUAUACUGCUGUUGCAGUUAGUACAGGCAACACCUCCUCAGGAGUGGGACCAGAACUUGGUCCAGCUGACUCCUGAGGCCUGGUCUACCCAAUCUAUGGGUAGACUAGAUGAGUUGCUCAGUGCGCUGACAACUGAAACAGACCCCAGUGGCUUUGAUGACCUGGGGUCUACAAAUGUUCUAGAUGACAAUGUCGUCUAUCCUGGUGGCUUCCCGAUGGAAUUAGAGGAACACCCAGGUGAGCUCCUGGAGCCCUUUGAUGGGGCAGAACCAUCUGAACUUCAGCCAGAGGACAUACCUCAAAGCCCCGAGACUCUUGAGGAGGGCCAGCCUUCGUUGCUCCAAAAAGAAGGCCUAGCCCAGGUUCCACAGCCUCUCAAGGAGACUACACCUUCUCCAAUGCUGCAGGGGUCUCCAAUUCAGAUCUCUGCUGCUGAAGAAGCUGUCCGGCAGCUUGUUCAAAACGAGAUCAGUGUUCCACGUCCACCGCUGCAAUCUACUUUGCCAAGCAUCACAGGGAGGCCAGCGGAUGUGAUGCUCACAAUUACGCUACAGCCAGGUGGUGAAGUUCAAAGUACUCUGGGCCAGCUGCAGGCCCCAGUUCAGCCUGCAGGGAUCUCGCAAGGGGAAUCCCCUCCCUCAAUCCCACAAGAGGCUCCAGCUCAGACUCCAGGCCCUUCUGUAGACCUAGAGCCUUUCCCGAGUAAUCAAGAGGAGUCUGCUCAGUAUGCUGAGCCUUCAGUGGAGGUGGAACCUCUAGGCCAGCAGGUGGCCCCAAUUCCUCCCGCUCCAGGCCCAUCUGUGGGAACAGAAUCUCUUCCAGGCCACCAGGUGACCCCAGCUCAGAGUGCACGUCCUUCUGUGGAGGUCACAUCUCCUCCCACCCAGCUGGAACAGCCAACUCAGGAUGCUGAGCCUUCGUUGGAGGCAGAACCUUCUCCAGGCCAGCAGGAACAGUUUGCUCAGCCAUCCGAGUCCAUUGGACCUGCUGAAUCUCCUAAAGGCCAGCCUGGGGAGGACACAGUUCAGCCUCCAGAGCACCAGGAGGAAAUAUUCGUAGCUUCAGCUCACCACCACUGGCAACAACACAUGGACUUACCCAGUAUGCCUGCUAAACCUGCACGUUUGCAGAGUACAAUGCAAGCAGAUACAGAAGAUGGCUUGCCAAUAAGGCACAAUGCUGAAGCUCAGCCUGAGGCCCCAGCUGCGCCUCCAGAAGCUUUUGAAGAGGUUGAGUCUAUUUCUUCAUCAGAAAUACCUCAGGAAGAGGAACCCUCAUCUGAGGAAAUCAGACUGUCUCCAGCCCAGCAGGAAGCUCCAGCUCCGGUGUCAGAGACCGAAGAAGUGAAAUCUCCACCUGCAGAGUCUCAUGAGGCGACAGUUCCUCCUGAAGGUCAGUCUCCAACAUUGCCGAGUGUGUCUGUUAACCCUGCAGAGACCAUGACCGAGGCUAUAACUUUCAAGCCAACAGGAAGUUGCAGCUCAGGCCUCGGGGAACAAUGA